UCUGGCUCCAACUAGAUGAUGAUUUUGUAUAGCAUUAGCACUGCUAAUCGUUACUUUACACUACAAUCUCAUUUACCUAUAUUGUGAAUAACUGAGCACAGGGAAACACAAGUUGUUCCAUUUGCACCUAAACAAGUACAAUUUAAAAAGUAAAUCCCAAGAUGACUAUUGUUAAACGGAUAAUAAAUGCACAGAAACAUUCAAAAUGCCACAUUGGGUAGCAAAAAAAGAGAGAAAAGCAACCAAGUUGAUCAUCUUUGUUCCACGGCGACAUCAGAAAGACAUCAUGAAGUUUGUGAACAAUCUUGUGCCAAAAAUACUACCUCUAUGGGACAUAAUGGCUGUAUUUACAGUCUUUAUAUAGCCUCUCAUAACCUGCUCUUAUCUGUGUAAAGAUAGCAUCAUGCAUCAUUGCACCAGCUCAUUUGCAGCGAGGACGGCACUUGGAUGGAUAAGGGUCUCAACUCCAGCCUGUGGACAUCCUGCACUUAAUGUCUUCCUGUGCAAGAUAAACUGGCGCACUAGCUGUCCUGUAGAAUCGACCACUGAGGAAACAACCAGGUCACAUGAGCAACGCCACACCUUCCGUGUGUCCAAAGUCAAGGCGAUGAAGCAGCUGUGCAGCUCAGGAGCCGCCGUAUUUGAUGCACUUGAGUCCGGAAGCGAGGUGUCCAAGAAAAAGGCGCUGGAGGAGAAGCUGGGUGAGCUGAGAGAGAAGUACGACUUGGCUGAGGAUGACUUCAGGGAGAUUGAGAAAGUGGUCCUGCAGUCGGAACCGCACCGAGCAGGCACACAGUGGAAAUUCAAUGGAGCCUUUUACUUUGCCAUUACUGUCAUCACCACAAUUGGGUAUGGCCAUGCUGUCCCACGCACUGACGCCGGCAAGGCCUUCUGUAUGUUUUAUGCUGUCUUGGGCAUUCCUCUGACGCUGGUCAUGUUCCAGAGCCUUGGUGAGAGGAUCAACACGUUCGUCCGCUUUCUCCUGCGUCGAGCCAAGCAAAGCCUGGGUUUACAGAAGACAGACGUGUCCAUCGGCAACAUGGUCAUUGUGGGUCUGCUGUCGUGCAUCAGCACAUUGUGUAUUGGAGCAGCCGCCUUCGCUCACUUUGAGGACUGGACUUUCCUCAACGCCUCCUACUACUGCUUCAUCACACUCACCACCAUCGGCUUUGGGGACUUUGUGGCCCUGCAGAAGAAAGAUGCCCUCCAAAAGCGUUUCCCCUAUGUGGCCUUCAGCUUCAUGUACAUCUUGGUUGGGCUGACAGUCAUUGGAGCUUUUCUUAACUUGGUGGUUCUGAGGUUUCUUACUGUUAGUACUGAGGACCCACAUGAACGAUGUGAAGUCGCAGGGGGAGAGCAGAUCGCCACACAACCUGACAGGUUGGUGGAAACAUCUGACAGGCGGUAUAAAGACGACGGGCACAGCCGCUGGUGCAACCUGAGUCUGCCUAUGGAAGCAGGCAGCAGCUGCAUCAACCUCCUACCCUCUGCUGCUGAGGAGUGCAGACUUGCUUCAUCUGAGCAGAGAGACAAAUCUAAACAGCCUGAAAACAAGUGUUUCCGUGCGCUGUUCUGCUGCCUGUGCUGUGGCCUGGGCAUUAAAAGCAGCCCCUCUCAGUCCCGUCAGGAGGGUGGCCACAGCAAUCCUGUCUUUUACAACUCCAUCUCCUACAGGAUAGAGCAAACCUCUUGCAGCUCGAGUACCAUGUCAUCACAAACCUCCCCCAGCAGCAUGGCUCUCUAUUUGGGCAGGAAUCACCCUCCUAGUAGGAGGAAGUCUUUAUAAUACUGCUUUCAGUGUGUCCGCAUCCAUAAUUCGACAAUGCAACAUAUUUAAAAAUAAAAAAAAACAACAUAAAAUUACAAUACUACCAGAUUGCUGAAACGACUAAAUAUCAGGUUAUGCAUUAUUAAGUGGCAGUGGGUAAUCUCUCGUCAUUUAUACACGAUCUUGGUAAAUAACUUGGUAAAUAACUGUUGUGACAUUGCAUACGCUUGUGGAAAUAAUGCAGUAAUCAGGUAACAAAAUGUUGUGUGUGAGACCUUUUUUUGCCCAGGCUGCUCAAUGCUCAGUUUUGAUUGUGAAUGUCAGUAAAC